CGGUAGGAUGACAGCGUUAAAUAUUAUUUCCUAACCUGUAAAGUAAAUCGAUUGAGUGUACAUUGUUGUUAGAGAUUCGUUGCAGUUUAGUGCCCUUAUAGUUCGAUUCAGAAUGAUGCAAAUGCACCCGAGCUCCAUGAACAUGUCAGCAACGGACUGGAUGGAUGCUGCACACAGCACAGGAACUUCAAUUAUGGCUGCUGAAUUUGAUGGAGGUGUAGUUAUUGGAGCUGAUUCCAGAACUACAACUGGAGCUUACAUCGCGAAUCGCGUCACCGAUAAGUUGACCAAAGUCACGGACAACAUUUACUGCUGCAGAUCUGGAUCUGCCGCCGAUACACAGGCCAUUGCAGACAUUGUCUCUUACCAUUUGAAUUUCCAUUCGAUGGAAUUGGGAACUCAGCCGUUAGUUGAAACUGGAGCCGCUGUUUUCCGCGAAAUGUGCUACAACUAUCGCGAUUCUCUGAUGGCCGGUAUCCUUGUAGCAGGAUGGGAUAGCCGCAAAGGCGGUCAGGUUUACUCCAUUCCAAUUGGCGGUAUGUGCGUGCGACAGGCCGUUUCCAUUGGUGGAUCCGGUUCUAGCUACGUCUACGGUUACGUCGACGCCAACUUCAAGGAAGGAAUGAAGAAAGAGGAAUGCGUGGACUUCGUUACUAACACUUUGAGCUUGGCUAUGGCUCGCGAUGGUUCUUCGGGAGGUGUUGUACGUUUGGGAAUUAUUACCAAAGACGGCGUUGAGCGCAGAGUGAAAUUGGGCACCGAACUGCCCAAGUUCUACGAAGGUUAAUCGAGUUCUCAAGCACUUGAAAUAAAACGUAAUUUACUUCUAUUUUUUUUCGGUCUUUAAUAUUUAAUAAUAAAAAAUUAAUUAUA